UCAGUUUGUGGCCGUCGCCCGGAACGAGAACACCUCAGGCCGCCCGGGGGGCGGUAAAGAUGCUGCCCGUUCAGCCUCUCGGGAGGCUCAUAGGCAGGGCCGUGAGCCACCGCAAGGACGAAGCGGUCGUCGCCGGGAAGCGAGUGUUGGUGGCAGGACUGGGAAAUUAUGGCCUGAGAGGCACCCGCCACAGCGUGGGGAUGGCCAUCCUGAACCACCUGGCUAACAAGCUGAGCGUGGCUGACCAGUGGAAAACAGACCGGCGCUGUUGCGGGGAUGUGGCCAUUGCCCAGCUGGACAAUGUGGAGCUUGUGCUGAUGAAACCCCGCAGGCUCAUGAAUGUCAAUGGCCUCUGCGUAGCCGGCGCUGCGGAAAUAUACAAUCUGAGCACGGAGGAUAUUUACUUGGUUCAUGAUGACCUGGACAAGCCCCUGGGGAAGGUUGCAUUGAAGCUGGGAGGCAGCGCAAGAGGCCAUAACGGCGUCCGUUCCUGCAUCAGCUCCCUGAGAUCCGAUUGCAUGGUCCGACUAAGGAUCGGCAUCGGCCGCCCAGUAGGGGAAGCUGCAGUGGAUCGCUACGUUCUGGGCAGGUUCAGCAGCGCUGAGCAAGAAGUCCUCCCACAAGUUUUCGAGCAGGCCGUUGAGAUGCUACUAGAACACAUCAAGCAGAGGGAAAACACCAAGGAGGACCUGGCGGCUUCUGGGGAACAAAUCCGAGCCCCUCUGGAGAUGGAGGGGGCAUGACCAUCUUUAGCCAUUAUAGCAUUCAUUAAUCUGUCAACCACAAAAACAAACAAAUGUGCAGUUGUAGUAGA